AUGGAGAUGAAGAGAGCAAUAUGCCUUUGCCUCUUGUUGGCUCUUUUUCUCGCUCUUUCAUUUCAAACUGCAGCAACAGAAGCUGUAGAUUCGGGCCCUGCGAUGCCUUCUGCACCAAAACUAACUGAAAAGGGUAAAACUUCUACGUCCGUUUCUUUUUGUUCCAAACCAGCCAAGUGCCAGGACAAAUGUAAUUUCAGGUGUGAGUAUGCUCGGCUAAAGAGGUGCAUGAAGUUCUGCAAGGAUUGCUGUAAAAUGUGCAGCUGUGUUCCAAGCGGGCAUUAUGGGAAUAAGGAUGAAUGCCCAUGUUACAGAGACAGAAAGAACUCCAAGGGUACAUCCAAGUGCCCAUGA